UAUAACAGAGGAAAUUCCAGUCAAAAGGGUCAUGCCGUUGUUUAGCAGUUGACAACUAUUUCUGGAUCUUUUUAUAGUUUCACAUACACUUCUCUGAUGCCUCAGAAAGGUGUAACAAUAGAGGGAUGAGUGCGUUUGACAGCCUUUUUCGAAAUUUAAUCCUUACAAGUCAAUUUGUGAAAGGAUGGGGGCAACCAAAACAUCUUAAAAGGUUACUGGAUCUUAGGAAAGUUUUAUCAGUUCGGGAUGCAGCAUACAGUUUGGUAGACAAAAACCAUAAAGUAAACAUAUUUUAUGAGAAAGAAGAGGGAAACAUUAAAGUAUUGGAGGGUGAAUUUCACUCACCAUGGGAUAGUAUUAUCCCAGGGGUCAUGCCAAAUGUAGUCAAAAAUGCCAGGUUUCAGAUGAUACUCCCACACAGGUGGCAAGGCCCAGCUCACCCUAUUUGUAUUCAUCAUGGAGGCACAGGGGAUCAUGGUUACCUAUUGAGAAGAAGAUUAAUGGCUGAACCAUUAUUGAGUGAACAUGGAAUCGGCUCAAUCAUAAUUGAGAGUCCAUUCUAUGGGACCAGAAAACCAAAGGACCAAUUCCGCUCCAGCCUACAGAAUGUGAGCGAUUUGAUUGUUAUGGGGGGUGCUCUGAUGUUUGAGACGGUUGUUCUCCUUCACUGGUGCGAGGAACAAGGAUGGGGACCAUUCUGUUUGACUGGCAUUUCUAUGGGAGGAUUCAUGUCUUCAUUAGCUGCAACAAUUUGGCCAAAACCCAUUGCACUGGUACCAUGUUUAGCAGGAGUAACUGCCUCUCCAGUGUAUACUAGGGGCAUUCUCUCAAAAGCUGUAAGAUGGGAUGUUUUGAAAAAUAGCUAUUAUGAGGACAAAGAAUAUGAACAUGAAAUCAGAAAGAUGCUAGUCUCUCCAGAGAGAGGAAUUAGCAGAUUUUCAUCUAAAGACUACACUGUACAAGAUUACCAUAAGGAUGUAGAGAAAGCUCUACUGCGCAUCAAGGAGGCGGGAUCACAGGUGGACAGUAUAGGGACUGCUAUACGACAGUUAAGAACUGUGGACGACUGGAAAGCUAAAUCAUUUUCAUCCAUUUCUCAUAAUAUAUCUCAGUCCAAUGUAAUCAAUAGAAAACAGUUGAAGUCCUUUGAUGCAGAAAUACUGGACUUUAUGUGGGAAGUGAUGGAGGAGUUUACACACCUGGGAAAUUAUUCCUCUCCAGUGGACACGUCUAUUAUUUUAUCACUUGUGGCUGAAUCAGAUGCUUAUAUACCUCGUGAUAAUGUGAUGACCCACCAGGACUUGUGGCCAGGUUCAAAGGUGAAGGUCAUUCCUGGAGGUCAUGUGUCAUCAGUAGUCAGCAGUAGGCAUUUAUUCAGACAAGCCAUUGUUGAGUGUUUGGAAAAGCACAGAACUUCUCAAAGUAUACGUUGAUACUUUAAUAGUGUGCCAAAUUCAUUAUCCAGCAGUAUUCAAGGUUGUCAUUGCAAAAUAAAGAACAAUGUUCAUGUAUUUCUUUGUCCCCUGCAUAGCAGAGAGUGACACUUAGGGAUCAUUUUGCCUGGCAUUAGUCACAUUCUAGAGUCUGAUAUUUCACUUAUAUUGAAUCUUCUCAUAUAGAAUAGUCUUCCUGAUCUUCUCAUGUUAAUUUAGUUAGAAUGAUCUAACUGUGUCUCGGGACAAGCCCUCACCACAUCUAUCGUUAAACUGGAUCCGUAGGACAAUUUCAUUUUAACGAUAGAACGUUUCUAUCUACGUUAAAUUGACCUUAUGGACAUUGAGGGGGGAGGGAGGGGGGGGGGGCAUUCAGCAGAAGAUAGGAAGUCAAGUAUAGCAUGAUAAAUAAGUUGUGACAAGAACACUGAUACAUGUAUUGGUGUUUACUCUUUGAUCUUUGAGCUUCUGUUCAAUGCUAGGGUGAAACCAAGUUUCAUGUGAACUUUGACCUUUUCAAUUCUAUUUGACAGAUGAAGUUAUAUAGAAACAUUCAUGUCAUAAAUGAUGCUAUCACAGGUGACUUGUUGUAUGUCCAUCUUAAGACGGGACAUAUUAUGUUAUAGCAUUCAUGUCCAUCCAUCUGUCUGUUAGCUUUUUUGUGUCCUGCUCAUAACUUUAAUACUAUUGUCAGCUGAUACAUCUUGGGUAGAAGGUGUGUCAUGCAUUAAAAGUAGGUCGCUCUGACCUUUAAUUAAGAAGAUGCUAUGGCCAAAUAUAGAAAAAUCCUGUCUGGCUCAUAACUAGAAAACUAUUAGGCUUGAAAUCAUCAAACUUGGCCAAUUUAUGCAUCUUAGGUAGAAGGUGUGUCACAACCUAUUUCAAGAUUUUAAAAAUCUCUGUUUUCAACAGAUUGACAUAAAUAUGCAUUUUUAUUGCAACACAGACUACAAAGCAGUUAGUGCAUAUCCUUUCAUCCCUUGGGAGUAAUGAGUGGACAUGCUUCCAGUUAAAGAUUUAAUUAAUGAGUUCAAUGUAGGAACGUUAGCUGUCUCAAUCAUUUUUGUUAGAGCAUCUCUGAUCAAGCAGCUCUUAUCUGUAUCCUUUGGGAAUGAGACAGAAGAACUGCUUGUCAGUUUAUAGCAUACAUGUAUGUCAUUUGUUGGCCAGCCUUUUAUUUUCAAAAUUAAUUUGAUAUAGAUUAAAUUGUUAAGACUAAUUUGAUAUUGUUUAAUAUGAUAUUUUUAUUUACUUUUUUGAAAAUAUCAAACAAAUGUAAUAUUUGUUAUAAUAAAUGCCUACACUACAGGAGAUGUAUAAACAUCAGAUAUUAUCAGGAAUGGAAAAAUCAUGGAAAUCUUUGAAUGAUCAAGGUUGACAUGAUUUUCUUGCACUUUAAACUGUUUAUGAAAAUUAAACAAUAUUGCUGUGACGGGGCACUUUAUGUGUUCCUUGGAACAAUCUAGUGUUUUAACUGUGAUCUGAUUUAUACUAGAGACUAUUUUUGUGAUUUUUUAUACCAACGUUUGAGUUGAAUAAACAAUGAUUUGUAAAACAAACAA